AUGGCUUCAACAGCCACCUCACGCAGCUCGGUGCCAAGCUCCCCUGUUCGCUUCGACAGCCCAACACCCGCCGCCUUAAGACCUCAGCCCCUCCGAAUCCCUCAGAAUGGAUCUACGCGGCGGCGCGUAUCUGUUGAUGGAAGCGGCGUGGCACAAUCCGAGCCCCCGGCAGAGCUCGGCCAGCAUAGCUUCCAAGAUGAACGCCACACCGGCCAGGCGAAGUCCAUAGCGACGCAGUCUUCAGUGGGUCUUCGAAACAAGACAUCAAAGCUCGGCUCACUUGUCUCAAAGUUCGAGAUACUGGAUGCAAUGAAUAACGCAGGCCUUGAUUCCUAUAGAAUUCCACGGCUAUCCAAGAUUAACCUGGAAACGGGACCCCGUGCAGUUGCAAGAGCUCCAACGUCUCCGGUGUCACUGCCCCGGGAAACUAUACUACAGUCAACGCCCUCACUCGAAAAGUCUAGCGCCAGUGAUGAGUCGAGCAACUUAUCACCUAGGCAAGUGAGGCUCCCGAAAGCUACAUCUGCUCCUCGAUCCCGAUUGCCAAUCGGUACCCGUCUCAAAACAGUGACCAGUGACGCUCUGGAGACCCCAGAGACCCACCAUAUUAAGCAAGAUAACGCAAUGCAAACAGAAGACGCCAGGCUCCCUUUAUUCCUCAAGGGUGCUGCUUCUUCCGAAACCAAGAGUUCUGGAUAG